AUGGCUUCAGCCUCGAUUCCGGUUGUGGACUUUGCACCCUUCUUGCGGGGAACAAAAGAUCAGCCGAAAGAAAUUGCCAAAAUCAUCGAUGAUGCAUUCCAGAACACGGGGUUCGUGUGCUUAGUCAACCAUGGUGUGGAUGCUGAGAAGGUAAAGGAUGCGUUCAAAUGGAGUAAACGUUUCUUCGACCUUUCAUCCUCCAUAAAGGCACUAGCACCACACCCACCAGGAGGGCCUCAUCAUCGGGGAUAUUCGAAACCAGGCCUAGAGAAAGUUUCGCAGGAUGUUUUCGAUCGUGGUUCUAUUCAAACCUUGAGGAACAUCCCUGAUGUGAAAGAGUCUUUCGAGUCUGGAAAUGUUGACGAUGGCGAUCAGCCUAACAUCUGGCUUCCUAAUGAAUGUCUCCCAAGCUUUCGUGAUUUCAUGGAAGGGUUCUUCCUAGACUUACGAUACGUCGUUCACAUGAUCCUUCAAGCUUUGGCGAUCUCUCUGGAUCUUCCAGAAGACCAUCUGAGCACUCGACACUCGCAGAGCUUGUUCCAGCUGAGGCUAUUGCACUAUCCUCCUAUUCCUAGGAAGGCAUUGGAGGAGGGGCUCGCAUCCCGCAUUAACACACACUCAGACUUUGGAACGCUCACCCUGCUCUUUCAAGACGCGGUGGGCGGUUUGGAGAUACAAGAUCCGGCAACGAAAGGUCGAGGGCAAAGCGAAGCGAAAUUCUUUGCCGUAGAGCCAAUUCAAGGGGGAGUUUUGGUCAAUGUGGGUGACUUGCUGGAGCGAUGGAGUAACCGAAGAUGGAAGAGUACUGUGCACCGUGUCGUCGCGCCGGCAGAGAAAGUCGGAGACGGAACGGCCUGUCCCGAACAGUAUUCCAUUCCAUUUUUCGCGACGGCGGAUAAUGAUGCCGAUCGACCCAAACGAUAUGAAUCGGUCACGGGGAAAAGGUAUGUGCAAAUGAGAAUGGCUGCACUCUAUUGA